AUGUCUCAACAAUCAGCAAAGGGAAAGAAUCGUUCCGCGAUGCCACGGAGAACAUGGACUAUGCAGGAAGAACAAAGUCUUAUUAUGGCUUUGAAAGACAUCGUGCACCGGGGAUGGAAAUGCGAGAACGGAUUCAAAACCGUGUAUCUAGCGACUCUUGAAAACUCCAUGGCACAAUCAUUUCCCGGAACCGAUCUCAAGGCAGAUCCACACAUCAACUCAAAGAUACACGUGUGGAAAAAACAGUACAGAUCAUUGAGCACGAUGAUGUCGAGAUCCGGAUUUGGGUGGAAUGACUCAUCAAAUACUAUUGACGUGUUUGAUGACCAAGUUUGGCAGGAGUACAUUAAGACAAACAUGAAUGCACGCACUAUGCGAUACAAGGCAUGGCCUUUCUGGAUUGGACAAUCAUCUUCGGUAAAGAUCGUGCGACCGGUGAAAAUUCAGAGGCAUUCGUCGAUGCUAUCAAUGAUCACAAAUGAGCAGUAA